AGCACCGGCUGCUCUCUCCUGUCAUUCGUCUGCCCGGUACCGUCUCGUCCGCGUCGCGCGAUCAGCUCUCUCCGUGUGCUAUGCGCGUGUGUUCGUAAUAAAUAUAAAAAAAAACCGUGUGUGUCCGCGACCCGCGUGUUUUAUACUGUUUCCCGCCAGUGAUUUUAUUUUAUUAUUAUAUUAUUAUAAUUUUUUUUCGUACUUUUUUUUAUUAUAUUACCUACACCGUCUUGUGAUAUUUACCUCGCGUUCUCAGUUUUAACUUAUGACGACGCUCAAGCGUAAACAAUUUGAAUACCACGUGACGUGCGUACUUGUUAUAUGGUAAUGAUAUUAAGUAAUUAUAAUAUUAAAUAUUAUUGUUUACGAACUAAAUCAAUUGAUCUCGUCAGGUGUUAAUUUUUUAAUUUUUUUUCUCAACUGCCGGGUUGUGUAUUGUUGUUUUAAAUGCUCACGAACCGCCGUUCACGAUUUCGACGACAGUGCGUACCGCAGCCGAAUACUACAAUAAUUGUGUUACGACAACAGCAUUUUAAUAAUUUGUUAAUGAACUAAGAACAGCGUGCUACAACGACAUGUUCAUAGUCAUGACCACGUGUUUCCUCAUCACUUACUUGGUGCAGAUCACGGCCAGCAUCAUGUUGACUGCCAAUGCCUUGAUAGAUUCGGUAGGCGGUAGGACUGGGUCUUCAACCUCCGCUGCAGUGGAAAGCUAUAAGAGUCCCCCAAAUGGCGAGAAUAAUUCCAUGUCUUACCCCGGGAUAGCUAUUUUGUGGUUGAUUCUUUUUUCCGUGGGAUCAAUGCUCUACGCCUUACAUAAUAACUAUUAUAACGUCCGUCGUUCCGCCGAAAACCCUCGGAUGGCCGAACAAAAACAUCGGCAGCAACAGCAGCAUACGACCACCAUCGCUGCAAAACGAUCAAAAACUAAACAGCAAGUCUGCGUUAAAGACGAAAAUCAGGAUACAGACGACUCGGUAAAUUCUAAUACAUCUAGCAAGAUUUCCAACAAGUCUGCACAGGCUAACAAAUCAAAACCACCUUCGGCGCCUUCUUCACCCGAAAAGAGUCGUAAAUCUAUGGCGGCAGCGACUUCAGUCAUUCCUGUAGAACUGUCAUCUUAUGAUACCUUUUCAAGUGACAAUGUACACAAUAACCACAACGACGACGACGAAGACUGUAGUUACAUUGACGAUGACGACGAUAAUAGUAAUCAAUUCCAGCAUCAGUAUCAUAACCGGCAUAAGAGGAAUCGCCGACCGUCGUCAUCGUCAUCGUCAUCAUCAUUAUCUUCGUCGUCAUCAUCCCCGUCCUGUAAGAACGUCACUAAGCAGGAUCGACAAUCGAACGGUAAAAAGUCAUCGUCGUCGUCGUCGGUGACGUCCAAAGUUGGUAUCCAAGUAGAGAUGUCGUCCGGAACAAAAGUGUUACCGUCACAAAAAAACACGGUGACACAAAAUAAAUUACAACUGGUUGAAGCGGCAGUGGCGCCGACGACGACGUCAUUGACGCGCUUUGAAAAUCCGACUACCGCGAUCAACAUUGAAAAAAAAAUCAUCAUAAAAGAAGUCAAAAAAUCAACGACGGAACAGUUGGAUAGGACUACGGAGCAAAAAAAACCACGGAACAAGGAAAAUGUUAAUCCGCAAAAAGAGGAAGACCGAAAUAACAACAGCAUCAUCAGCAACAUUAACAAACAAAAUGGCGAUAAUUUUGGAAACGCGCCCAAGAAACCAGGAAAAAGGUUGCGGAAACGACUCAAUAAGAUGAAACAACAAUUAUUGGUUGAGACAACGACGCCAAUGAAGACUAGGAAGACCACAGACGAAAACAAAUCGACAAUUAUUGUAAGUGAAGUGUCUGCUGGACAGGACAAGCCUAUGAUCACGACUUCGGUUAUGCCACUCACGGUGCCGUUAUCAUCGGUUGAGACUCCACCACAACUGUUGUCCGCUAUCUCCAGGACAAUGGACGUGUUCGAGGACAGCAAACGAAAUACUGUAAAUUUAAAUGAUAAGUUAAUAUGGAAAUAUGUGUACCAAAAAUACGUACUGAACUUAAAGGAGUUGUACGAUAAUGGAUUUCCAUUAAAUAGCUCGACGGAUAUAGGAUGUGCGUAUUACUUUCGACAGAACAUGAAGCGAAAUGUACUUAAUCCCGUAGCAAAAGAGUUUUCAUUGGAUGCCCAAAAAUGUUCAAAAACGGCCCUACCAACCUCUAAGAAUAUCAUCAAUUGUAAGGCGGCUGAUAACAGAUCACCGAAUCAAAAAAAGAAGACGCAGAAACAAGAGAAACGACAACAGUUAUCAUCAAAUGAAUACGUUCCGUGUGCUCGCUGCUCUUCAUUUUUCAAUGUUAAAGAGGAGGCCCGGUCUGCAAAGCCCGGCCGUUGCGUCUACCACUACGGCAAGUUGAAGUUUUGCGAUCCUCUUACUUCGUCGGUUGCGUACGAAUGCUGUAAGGACAGCCGAGUGUCCCAGGGUUGCACCCAAGCCAACCGGCACGUGUGGAAUGGUUUUAAGGACGGCUUGAACUCCGAUGUCAUGGAUUUUGUGACGUCCGAGAACUCGGAUUUACCCAUGAAGCUGGAUUAUGAAGCGGGUAUUGAACCGAAUAGUUACCGCAUGUACGCCUUAGAUUGUGAGAUGUGCUAUACCGAGAAUGGUCUGGAGGUGACCAAGGUGACGAUGGUGGACAUCCGUGGUGCAGUCGUGUACGACACACUGGUCCGACCCGACCGACCGAUAAUCGAUUACAACACCCGGUACAGCGGUAUCACCGCAGCCGACUUCGCACGCUACCCAUCAAAAACGCUGGACCAGGUCCGCCGUGAUCUACUGCGGUACAUUGGAAAAACCACGGUACUCGUUGGCCAUGGACUGGAUACUGAUUUGCAGGUACUUCGCUUAGUCCACAUGAUUGUGGUGGACACGUCUCUGCUGUUCUUGAAUCCGAACCCGAACCCGAAUUCGAAAGCCAACACUCACAAAAUGUCACUCAAAUCGCUGGCUUCCCGAUUACUCAAGCGCGAUAUCCAACUUGCUUACGGCCAUGACAGCAAAGAGGACGCCCGGGCCGCCAUGGACUUGGUCCUGUACAGGAUCUGCCGUGACUUGCAAGACAGUAAUAACUAGCAGCCGGUCGCCCUGCGCCCGACUGAGCGCAGACCCCAUCACACUCUGGUCUCACUGCAGCACCCCGCACCUCAUUUUGUCGUUGUUCCUAUUUAUAUUCAUACAUAUUAUUAAUGUGUCGUUAUCAUAAUCACGCAUGCGUACAUACGUAAUAACAAUUAUACAUUUUUAUAUCGUUGAGUAUUACGUUUAUUGUAUAUAAUAUGUUUAUAAUAUUGAUGUAGGUAUAUGCGUACGUAUGUUCGCGCGUGUAUGAUAUUAUUAUAAUAACAUGUUGUACACAUUUUUUCCUAUUUUAAAAAAAAAAAAAAAAUAAAACUUUUUAUACGACUCAUUUUCACUCACGUCUUGACACUGUGAUAUAUUGAUCGACGAGCGAUCCGUUCUAAACGGUGAUCCCGCUUGAUCUAAUGACUGAAUGAUACGUCAACAUCCCCCCCUCUCCCCCAGCUAAAACUCUCCUUCCCCAUGCCUUUUGUACUUAUAAAAUAAUAAUAAAAUAUAUUGUACAAACAUUUCUCAUUUAUAUAUAUUCACAU